AUGAGUGAUGAAGAAUCAGAAGAUGAAAACAGAUCCAAAUUCAAAUUAUCUAAAACUCAUCAAUUAAUUAAUUAACUUGAACAUAAACUCUAAAUUCUUGAUUAAAACCAUCCACCUAAUCCUUUUCCAAAUUCAAGAGAUUCUAAUCUCAAAAGUAAAUAAGAAUUGGAAAGAGAAUUGUAAUAAUUUGAAUCAAGAAUGAGAAAACUUAAUCAAACUGAAAAUUCUUAAUUACAAUCCUCUUAAACAAAAUCUAUUCAAAAGCAAUCACCUCAAAAAUUAAAUAUUUCUAAUCCUAUUUUAUAAUUGUUAAAUUAAAAAAUAGAAAGUUUUGAUGAUGAUAAAAAUACAAUGUUAUAAACUAAAUUAGAUUAUCUUAAUAGAGAAUAAUAAAUACUUGAAUAAGAGUAAAUCAAUUUAUUAAGAGAAUAAUAAUAAACAAAAUUUGAAUUAGAAUCCUUAUUGAGAACUUUAGAGAUUGAAGAAUAACGUAGAUUGAAUGAAUAGAAAAUAUCUAUUCUUAAAGAAUAAGAAGAAAAAUUGCUUGAUAUUCAAGAUUAAAGUGAAAAAUUAAUUUAAGAAGAAGAAGAAAAAAAAACUAAUUUUUUAUUGGAAUUAUAAUAAUUAUCAUUUGAAAAAAAUUAAUUACAAACAUAAUUAUAAGUAUAAACAAUUUAUUUCUAUAUAGAAUUUAUCCAGAGAAUAAGAAAUGUUCAUUGGUAAUAGAGAUGAAAUUUCAAAUUAAUUAAAUACACUUAUGCAAUUACAUAAUUAAAUACUAUAAAAUGAUUUAAAGAAAAAAAUAGUUCACCUUGAAGAAGAUCCAGAUCCUUCUCCUCUCUAAAAUCUUUAUUAAAUGAAUUAACAAAUUUAAGAAUAAAUGAAUUAGUAACUAUCUCUAAUUAGAUAAGAAUUGAAUGAAUAAAAAUAAAUUAAUUUAGAUCUUUUGUAACUUUUAAAUGGAGAACAAUAACAAUAAACAUAGAGAUAAAUUAAUACAACUGAAAUCUAAUAAUAAUAGUAAUAAGAAUAACAAUAAUAAUAGUAAUAAUAAUCAAAUUCUUAACUAUAAUUUUAAAUGGCCGUAAAUAAACCAAAUUAUCAAAUGAACGAAGAUUUAGAAAGUGAAGAAAGCAUUAUUAUGAUGCAAAAAUAUAAUAAUAACAAUUAAAAUGCGAAUAUCUAAAUUUAGAAAGACUUUAAUUAGCUUUUUGAAAAGCAUAAGAAAUAGUAAUAUUUUUAUCUUAAAUUAGACUAUUUAAACCAAAAUAACAAAUUCAUUUGAAGUAAACAAAGGUCACAGCAGAGAAAAGGAAAAAAUCAGUUGAUCUAACUCAAUCUAAAUCAAAAUCUAAGUCAAAAGAAAGAGAAAACAACCUAAAUAAAGAUAAAGAAAAAAGAAAAACUCCAUUAUCAUUUGAAGAAUCAUAUAAAAGAAACAUCUAAGAUUAGUUGAAAAAACUAAAUUUCAUUGUUGAGAAAUCUUUGAAUAAUAAGUGACAAUUCAUUAAAUUCAUACUAGAGUAAUAAUA